UAGUAACAAAAACAGUAGCAACAAAAACAGUAGCAGCAACAACUGUAGUAGCAAAAACAGCUGUAACAAAAACAGCUACAACAAAAAUAGCUACAACAAAAAUAGUAACAACAAAAACAGCAAUAGCAAAAACAGCAAAAGCAAUAAUA